UUGAUUUGAUUUGAUUUUUUAUUAUUUCUCUCUCUCUCUGUCUCUCUGUCUCUCUCUCUCUCUCCAGGAUCUAUUUCUCCUGGUCUGAAGCUCAUUUGUCGGAUUCUUUCUCCCCUCCCCUGAACGCAGCUGUUGUCGUUGGUCGACGUCACCUUUUCCUCCGCGGAGGGAUACCUGUGGUGCGCUGUGUAGUUCCGGGAUGAGGACCUACUUCUCGGGAUGGAAACCCGUUAGCGGGGUAAGGAGACGUCGGAGCGACACGUCUGCUAGCAGGUGCACAGCGCGAGGAACUCGGAACAAGGAGGUGAACGAUGGCGUAAACCCGGUUCUUCUGUUCUCACCGACUAAAGACGCACCAGAACCAGACCUCCAGCCCGGACUUUGACGGGGAUUAUGUUCCGGUGAGUCCACCUGUGCAGGUUCGAGCUGAAAACAGAGGGUAGCGCGAGGAGCUAACAGCUGACACAGGAAGAUAGAUCUAUGAAAGACUAGAGUCCUUUGAGGUCCGGAUCCCUCUGCUCUCGGACCCGGUCCGGUUAAAUCAGCUGAUUUUAACGAACCAAGUUUUUCCUCUCUGUCUCUGACGUCAGCGCGUUUGACGUCACGUUAGUUCGUUAAACGCUGGUCGUUAAUUGUCCUCGAGGAUCAUCUGUUAACCCUCACGUGACAGUGGAGGGAUACCCGUUAAUUAGAGCCCAGGUGACACUCAGGUGUUUGUUUAUGUGGGGGUUUAAUCAGCAGGGGCGUGUCCGGACUCUUCCGCUGAGGGGGCCCAGCCCAGGCAGCAGGAUUAUUUUUUUCAUAGGAAAAACCUUUCACGUUAGUAGAAGAGGAUUUGAUUUGAUGACUCAAAGCAAGUCGGAAAUAACGCCGUGUGUUGUCGUGCUCACACAGUGAAGUAGAAUCAUUCAGCGGUGCGUCGCUGCUGAAUGAAUGUAGGGGAAACACGGCUGAUACAUGUGAGUCUGAGGUAGAACUCUGUGAGAUAAAAACUAAUUUUAGCCGUGGCGGUGCGCCACGAUCAAUUGCAUGUAGGGGAAACCCUGUCUUAGUCGCUUUGCGCUAGUUGUACAUGAUUUCCAAACUGUUUGGUUUGUUAAAAACAUCUAAAAUGGAAACAUGAGGCAGAAAACGAUACUGCAAAUAAAUAAUCAUAUAUGUUAUUGUUAUUGUUAUAUGUUAUUAUAGUUAUCCCUAUAAUAGAAAUAUUACUAAUAUAACAUACAUGGAAUGAUUAAAUGUUUUAUGUAUAAAUUAUUUAAUAUAACUGCCUUGUGUGUGUAGGUCUAUAACUAUUUCUCUACCUAUCUGUUUAAUGUUUAUUUAUGUAAAUUCAUGGUUAAAAUUAUUCUUGAGUAUACAGGAACAUAACUGAAACUCUGAGGUUUGUUAUAAACCAAACUGUUUAAAAUCAGUUUAAAGUUAAUCAAUCUAUGGUUAUUUAAAUGUUACAUGAACCGUAGACUGGAAUGUAAGGAGAGGGCGGGAUGACCAUAGCAAGAUGGCCGCCAUGCGCGGACGUCGGUCUCCAUUGGCUAACAGCGGUUGUAAGCCAUCUAGCGUUCAUAUAUCUACGAUCACACGGCCGUCGGUUCUGUACAUCGGACAGAAAAUUAUCGUCAUUCUGAAUUUCAUAACCCGACAGACGAUGACGUUUCACAGCCAUGAGGAAUAACCAAUCAGAGCCCAGCACUUCUAGCCAAUCAGAGGCGAAGGAGGGCGGGACCUUCCCCGACCAUCCUACAAAUAAAAAAUGUUGCGCCCAGGCUCAUGAGUCUGCAGAUCCGGGGACCGCUAUCCUGAGACCCCCUGAUGUGAGUGAAACCCUAAACCAGAACCACCAAGAACCUUCAGGGUCAGAAACAACAACAAGGUUCUUAGUGAUCCGGUCCAAGAACUGAAGGGUCCGGUUCUGCAGACAUGUGGAUUCAUGGAUGACAGGAAGUCCGCACACACACACACACACACACACACACACACACACACACACACACACACACACACACACACACACACACACACAACAGCCCUGAUCAACAGGUGAACAGGUGAGGGUUUCAUGAUGAAGGAGUGAGUCCAGUCUGGAGGAAAUGAACACAUGAAAACACCUUUACCUGAGAUUUUACUUCCUGUUUUAGAGGAAGUCACAUUCCUGUUCACCACCGUGACACACUGCUGUGUGUGUGUGUGUGUGUGUGUGAGUGUGUGUGUGUGUGAGUGUGUGUGUGUGUGUGUGUGUGUGUGUGUGUGUGUGUGUGUGUGUGUGUGUCUCUCACAGACGACUGUCUAUCAUCUCUCAGCUGAAGCUCAGUGUGAGGUGGUGUGUCUGACAAACACACAAAAACACACAAGGACACACACACACUCUGGGGUAGGAGGUGUUUCCCUGCAGACAGAGUGAGUCACUGUCGUCAUGGUUACUGAGCAGCAGCUGGAGGAGGUGUUUUGAGAGGGGGAGGGGUCUUGUCUGGGUUAGGGGUGUGGUCAGUACGGGAGCCCUGAAGGGUCAGACUCUCUGCUGCAGGAUGUUAGUCCUGGUUUAGUGUAUCAGGGUGUCGACCAGCGUGUGUGUGUGUGUGUGUGUGUGUGUGUGUGUGUGUUUGUAAACACAGGAGGACACACCUUCCCUCAGACCGGCUCCCUCAGGUCGAUCUGGUCUCUGCAGGACUCCAGUAGAUCCUCUAAUGAUCGUGUUACAGGUGAUGUUUGACCCGUUGCCAUGGCGACCGUGUAAAUAUCUGCUGGGUCUGUGGUCUGUGGCGUGACUGUGAUGACGGCAGUCUUCUGUUUUGACCCGCUUUGUUGUCAAACCAUCAUGAACAGACAAAUAGCAGACAGUCACAUGACCUGAACAAUCUCCUGUCAGCACCACAGAUCAGCAAUCGAUCAAUAACUCGAUCAUAAAUACAUGUGAGUACGUUUACAGUGGAACGACUGAAAUACAAUAAAAAUAAUGAAAGAGGAAAAUAAGAAUGAAAACAACCCUGAGGCCCUAAGAUCCAACCUGGACCUGGUCUCAGACUGGUCUGGGUUUAUCAGCUCCUGUCCUGAGAGUGUGUGUGUGUGUGUGUGUGUGUGUGUGUGUGUGUGUGUGUGUGUGUGUGUGUGUUUGUUUAGUGUGUAACCCUGUGGAUGUGACCGUUUAAAGGGGCCGUCUGUGAUGAUGAUGAUGAUGAUGAUGAUGGUGUUUGCUCUGCGGGGCCUGAGGGUGGAGGAGAGCUGAAGGUUCGAGGUCCUCUCAGUCCUCUCAGUCGUCUCUGUCUCUGGUUGUCAUGGAAACUCUGCAGCAGACCCUCUCUCUGAACUCUAAAUGUUCGAUGGUCUGUGUAGUGACUCUGCUGACCUGAAUUUUAGUCAUUCGUUUUGAUUCUGGUUCCUCUCGAGUCUCUGUUUCGAUUCUUUUAAAAGUCAGGAUAUUAAAAAAUAAACAUGGUUUAAUGAGGACGCUAACCAUUGUCCUUCUUUUUAGAUAAGAUUUCUAAACUUCUCCUUGAAUUUUUAAAUGAUAUGAAAUUUUUAAGAACUUUACUUUGAAUUUCUCACAUUUUGAACCAGAAUAUAAAUCUCAGUUUUUGUUUCAGGUCGUUUGUCUAAGAAAAAGUUUAAGGGCUAACAUUAGUUGGAUAUUUAAGUUGACCCUCAGUUCACAGUAGAGUUUGUUUGACGCUUCAAAGUUCGCAGAAGACAGAAGUCAUUUAUUGUUCCACUUUUCUGAUUCUGAUUCUGAUUGGUUAGACGAAGUCUGUUGUUGUGCCGUAGAAUGGAUCCUCUCCACUCAUGAGCUUCUUAAAGUGGAAGAAAAUGAUCUCAUAUAUAAAAAAACACGAGUAUUAGAUCAUGACAAACCUUCGUUUUGUUUUUAUGUCUCUCAGAAAUGCACAUACAGAGAUGAACUCUGGUUUAUAAACUGGACAGUGAACUGUUAAGGUAGAGAACUUAUUUCUGAAUCAGAGGGCUUUUGUUUUCGGCUUAUCUGAAGAGUCUGAAUGAAAUUAUUAAAGGAACACAGAAAAAAACAGGAAAUCAAAAAAACUUCUCCUCUGUCACAUGGUCCUCAGAGGACACGCCCCCUCUGUGGUCACAGAUUUCAGACUCAUGUUUGGACUCCAUGACAGAAGGCGAUAUCACAGACAGACGAUCACAGACAGACGGACGGAGGAGAACAGACUCCAUCUUUGUCUGUCACACUGACUCCGCCUCUACUGGACUUCACAGCACCAGCUCGGUCUCCUGGUGGUCUUCAUCUCCUCUCUCAGUCGUCUACAAACGUUUUUCUGUUUCUGUGUUUUUUUCACAGUGACGGCGCCGUCUUCUGACCUCCUUCCUGCAGAGUGACGUUAGUGUUCGAUUAUCCAAGUAUCUCUGAGUCUGAGAAGAUGUCAGGUAAACGUUCGAGUUCAGCAGGAGUCUGAGGAGACCUCUGAGAUGAUGUUCCUGAUCUGAGUUCAUCUGUGGAUCUGUGUUUUCAGGGACCUACACUCCGGCCCCUGGGGGCCCCUUCUCUGCUCUCACUCCGAGCAUGUGGCCCCAAGACAUCCUGGCCAAGUACCAUCAGGUGAGUACGAGUCUCUGUGAGCCGGUUUCUGUGCAGACUUUUGUUUGUUCAGUGUGAUCAGAGAUGCUUGUAUAAAAGGGCGUGACACACAUAACCUCCACAGCUGUGUCAUCAUGUGACUCUGAGCCGCCGUGAACAUGACCGCCAGGAAUCAUGAAAAUAUUCAUCUCAGGAGACACACCAUGUUGGAGACGAUGUUCGGAGAAUAAGACCUUUUUUUGGGGAUGUUCUGGUUUUAUACCUUAUUGUCAGGAGAUAAAGAAGAGGACGGAAAAAUUACACUUGGAUCUGAAGUUUUAUAUUUGGGAAAAGAGAAGCAGGAGAUAAGAAGGUCAGGAGAAACAUACAGAUUUACAGUAAUGUUGGUGACGCUAAAAAGACCAUCAGUAGAAACUGUCUAAAAACAGAUGAACCAAAAAUGGAGGAUUAGAGGUCAUGAUCGAUGAAUAAAGAACGGAGAAGCUGACUUUCUCAUCUCGACUGAAAACAGAAACUUUUAAAAACUCCUGAAAAAACUGGGUUGAUCUUGUGUCUCAGACUUUGUGCAGUAAAGACAGUGUGUAUUAUAGAUUAUUGAUCCCUCAUAUGUUUAUAAUGUUUAUGCUUCAACAGGAGAAAAGAGACGAUGAGAGAGAGGAGAGAAAAAAGGACAUGAGUGAAAAGUGAUUUUCCUUCACAGUUAUUCUGCUGAAACUUUACUAAAGAGUUUCUGUCUGAUUACGUCUCUGCUCCACGAUGGAAAUUUGUUCAAUAUGUAAAAUGUUGAUGGAUUAUUGAUCUGUGAAAUCAGUAAAAAAGAAAAUAAUAAAAAAGAGCUGAUCCUCAGAGCGUCUGCUGAGUCCAUCCUCACCAGUUUUUCCUCUUUUGUCUCUGCAGAAAGAUCCAUCUGAGCCGCCUGAAGUCCAGUACGACGAGUUUGGGUUCAGAGUGGACCCUGAAGGUGCUCCACACACACACACACACACACACACACACACUCACAGGGUUUCAGUCUUUAAAGCACAGAUGCCCCCCCCUCACUGGGACAUAGAUUCCUUCAGCGUGGCGAUCUCAGCUGUGACCAUCAGUAAAUAUGUCAUGUGACUAAAUCAGGCGCUCCGAUCGUCUGAUCUUGAACUGAUUAAAGUGUUCAGACUCUCCCAGUUUUACAGUAAUGUGUUUUUGCUCCAUCUGUUAAUAUACAGGUCAUGUGACCCUGAAACAGCUGAUUCUGUUUUAGUUUUAAACCCUCAAAAAGGAGAAGGAGAAGGAGAAAGGAAGGGCAUUCAAGUUAAAAAGGGUCUCCAGAGAAAAACAGGAGAGGACAGAGAGGACGAAAAGGUAGGGAGAACAGGGGGAAGGGGAGGACAGAGAGUUAGGAAGGACAGAGAGGAAAGGAAGGUAGGGAGGACACAGAGGUAGGGAGAACAGGGAGGUAGGGAGGACAGGUAGAUAGGGAGUACAGGGAGGACAGAGACGCAGGGAGAACAGGGAGGAAAGGAAGGUAGGGAGGACAGAGAGGAAGGGAGGUAGGAAGGACAAAGAGGACAGGUAAGUAGGGAGGACAGAGAGGACAGGGAGGUAGGUAGGUAGGGAGGACAGGUAGAACAGAUAGGUAGGUAGGAAAGGGAGGUAGAAAGGACAGGGAGGUAGGGAGGACAGAGAGGAAUCGAGGUAGGGAGGACAGGGAGGUAGGGAGGUAGGAAGGACAGGGAGGUAGGGAGGACAAACAGGACAGAUAAGUAGGGAGGACAGAGAGGACAGGGAGGUAGGUUGGUAGGGAGGACAAAGAGGACGGUAGGAAGGGGAGGUAGAGAGGACAGGGAGGACAAACUAGAGAAACCAGAACUUUCAUGAGGUUCCCUCACCUCAGUCUCUUCAUAAGAGUCCAGAUCCUGGUUCUUUAACCCGGGUCUACCCUCUCCUCUCAGAUGACGGAAAGUCCAGGUCCUGGUUGGUCUCAGACGGGUCCCCUCAGCGUGAAGACCCUCAGCAGCGUCUUCGUUGGCAGGCCCACCUGGAGUUCACCCACAACCACACGGUGGGCGACCUGACCUGGGAGCUCAUCGACCCGGUCCUCGCUCGCUCAGACCGCCUUCGCUCGCUGGUCCUGGGCGGGAUCCCUCACAGCAUGAGGCCUCAGGUGAGCAGAACCGUGACCUUUGACCUUCGACCUUUCCCUCAGACCGACCUUCAGGGUCUCACAGGUGUUUGUGUUUCAGCUGUGGAUGCGUCUGUCUGGAGCUCUGCAGAAGAAGAGGACCUCCGAGAUCUCCUACAAGGAGAUCAUCAAGAACAGCUCCAACGACGACAACAGCACCGCCAAACAGGUGACCACCAGAACCUGGACCUCAGAGUCCACCAGAACUGUCCUGGACCUCGGACCAUGAGUUCUGCAUCCACCCACUAGACAAUACAGCUUCACUGUAGACCAGCGUUUCCAUGACAACACAGCAUGGACAAAAGACUGCAUAGAUCUGAAACACAUAGAUCUGAAAUAGAUUUAAGACACAUAAAAUUGAAAGACAUAGAUCUGAACAUGUAAACCGGAAACACAUAGAAGUGAAAUACAUAGAUCUGAAACACAUAGAUCUGAAACAUAUAGAACUGAAUCAAAUAGAAGUGAAAUACAUAGACUUUACAUGAGGACCGUCAUCUUCUCAGAGACGUUUUCUCUCAUUUAAACACAGGAAGAGAAAAAUCUGAAGUGUUGAUAGACCCUCAUGAUCAGACCUGAACCAGCAUCGUUCUGUAGUCCUCUUCAGCUGGUCUUGGUGGUCUGAUGGUCACCCUCUCACCCCCUCACCCUCUCACCCUCUCACCCUCAGAUAGAGAAGGAUCUCCUGAGGACCAUGCCGACCAACGCCUGUUUCAGUAACCUGAGCAGUGUCGGCGUGCCGAGGCUGAGGCGGGUGCUGAGAGCCCUGGCGUGGCUUUACCCGGACAUCGGGUACUGUCAGGGUACCGGGAUGGUAAGAACCAACACACACACACACACACACACACACACACACACACACACACACACACACACACACACACACACACACACUUUUAUCACCUGAAACUUCCUCAUUUGCUGCUAAAGACUCAGCUCUGAAAUAAAACGCAAAUAAACUUGGAGACGUUUCCUUAACUCCUAUCCUGUCUUAUUUCCUACCUCCUCUCCUCAGGUGGUCUCCUGCCUGCUGCUCUUCCUGGAGGAGGAGGAUGUUCUCUGGAUGAUGUGUGCUCUCAUUGAAGAUCUCCUUCCUCCAUCCUACUUCUCCUCCACCCUGUUGGGGGUCCAAACAGACCAGAGGGUCCUCCGUCAGCUCAUCGUUCAGUACCUGCCGGCCCUCGACAAGCUGCUGCAGGAGCACGACAUAGGUGAGGGGUUAGGGGGUCCAGAGAGAUGAUGCUCCUCCUUCAGUCCUGUAUAAGUGUAAACUAACCUCCUCCUCCAUCUUCUCCUCCUCCUCCUCCUCCAUCCAGAGCUGUCUCUCAUCACGCUGCAUUGGUUCCUGACUUCGUUCGCCAGCGUGGUGGACAUCCGUCUGCUGCUCAGGAUCUGGGACCUGCUCUUCUAUCAGGGCUCUCUUAUCCUCUUUCAGAUCACACUGGGCAUGCUCAAGAUCAAGGUAUCUGAUUGGCUCCUGGAGAUAUUUAUUAUUAUUAUUAUUAUGAGGUCACAUGGUCCACAGAUAUCAGGAUUAGUGAAUAUUAGUCUGUAUCUGUAUUCGUGGUUCAGGGUUCAUGGACUGAGGGCCUGAUUCCGUCUCUCUCUCUCUUCGGUUUCUCGGUCGCCUCAGAUCAGUCUCUGUGGUCGUAUAAAUCCUGUCUUCUGAUUGGUUGUUGAGUACCUGUACCUGACCUCUAAGUGUGACCUCUAAAUCUCCUCCCUGACCUCAGGAGGAGGAGCUGGUAUCUUCGGAGAACUCAGCGUCCAUCUUUAACACGCUGUCGGACCUGCCGAGUCAGCUGAGGGACGGGCCGGCGGUCCUCGGGGAGGCCAUGAGGCUGGCCGGCUCGCUGUCCCAGGAGACCCUGGAGGCCCACCGCCACAAACACCUGGCCUACAUCCUGAACGAGCAGACGCAGCUGAACAACGGGAACAACACCACGCUCAACGCCAACCUCAACAAGGUCGGUCUGUCCGUCUGAGAGGCAGAACCUGCAGGAGGAUCAGAACUGUCAGUCCUGAUGUUUGACCUGGUCUCUGUUUCAGGUGGUCAGGAGACAGUCUCUGCGCAGGAAGUCCACCCUGAGCUCGCUGCUGUUCGGCGAAGACGAGGCGGACGCCCUGAAGUCCAAGAACAUCAAACAGACGGAGCUGGUGGCCGCCCUGAGAGAGGCCAUCACUCGCACCGCCGAGCAUUUCCACUGUCUGGACCCUCGCCACUCCAGCACGGUGAGGUCACGCUCCGCCGUAACCACACGCUUGGUUAGGUCACAUGUUCAGGUCUUCAUCCUGGUGCGUCAUGUCUCUGCAGGACCUGACCCCAGACUACUCCAUGGAGAGCCACCAGAGGGACCACGAGAACUUCCUGGUCGUUUCUCGUAACAGGCGGAGACGAGCGAAGGCCUUACUGGACUUUGAGCGCCACGAUGACGACGAGCUGGGCUUCAGGAAGAACGACAUCAUCACUGUGAGUCCUCGCUAACGGGGGGGUGUUCAGGGUCCAGUCUUCACCCAGGUCCUCACACCCUCCUCCACCUGUGUGUGUUUCAGAUCAUCUCGCAGAAGGACGAACACUGCUGGGUCGGAGAACUCAACGGUCUCAGAGGUUAGUGUUUUUCUGUCCUCUCGCCAUGGCGGCCAUGACGGUUUCAGCUCUGAUCAUGUGUUUCCUGUCUCUUCUUCAGGAUGGUUUCCUGCCAAGUUUGUGGAGAUCCUGGACGAGAGGAGCAAAGAGGUCAGAAGCUUCUGCUGAUGAUGAUGAUGAUCCUUUGAGUUUAAUUGAUGAUCAGAGUAUUGAUCGUUGGCGUCUGCUCUGCCUUAGUACUCUUUAGCAGGUGACGACUCGGUGACUGAGGCGGUGACGGACCUGGCUCGAGGGACGCUGUGUCCCGCCCUCAAGGCCAUUUUCCAGCACGGUCUGAAGAAACCGUCGAUCCUGGGAGGACCGUGUCACCCGUGGUUGUUCAUCGAGGAGGUGGGGGUCCCAAACAGAUCUGAGAUGUUCCUCAAAGUCCUCGUCUCACAGGAAUAAAAACUUCUCUCUGUUUUUUCCAGGCGGCGAGUCGAGAGGUGGAACGAGACUUCAACUCCGUUUACUCCAGACUGGUGCUGUGCAAGACCUACAGGUACACCCAACCGGAUCAAACCAGAGAGCUGGUGGAGGUUUCUGGAGGUCUAACAGCAGAACAAAUGUGGUGAUGAGUGGAUGAGAGUGACGUCUCAAACCCUCAGGGUCCGUGUUGAGCUCCUUCUGUUAGCAGCGCCGCAUUUUACCUAGUAAAUACAUCCCUGUUCCCACGCUGCUGCGCUGCUCCAGCAGGCGAUGACACGUGCUGCUCGACAGAGGCGGGACGCAACGGUGACGGACAUGUCCAACACAGAUCCUGAGGUUUUUUGGAUUUAGAGGAUGAAACAGUGAUGAAUCUGUCCUCAUGGUUCUUCACCGUCGUUUAACCCUAACUCUCUCUCUCUCUCUCUCUCUCUCUCUCUCUCUCUCUCUCUCUCUCUCUCUCUCUCUCUCUCAGGUUAGAUGAAGACGGUAAAGUGCUGACACCAGAGGAGUUGCUCUACAGAGUAAGUGUGUGAAACUGUCAGAUCUGCAGGUUUAUGUUAUUAAAAAAUAAUUACAUUUUUUUAAUUAUUUUUAAUACUAUCAUUAUUAAAAUUUCUUUAUUAAAAAUAACUAAUAUAAUUAUUAUCAACAAUGUAACUUAUUUAGUCAUUAAUUAUAUAAUUAUAAUAUUUAUACUUAACAUUAAUAUUAUAAUGAUUACCCUACUAUUACUAUUAUUAUUUUAUUAUAAUUUAUUUUAUUAACAUUUAUAUUAUUAAUAUUAUUAUAAUUGUUAUUAAUAUUGUUAAUAUUAUUAUAAUUGUUAUUAUUUUUUAUAAUUUUAUUUACAUGAGAAUUAUUUUUAGUAUUAUUAAACAUUCUGGUUUUUAUUAUUACUAUCAUUAUUAUUAUUAUUAUUAUUAGUAAUGGUAUUAUUAAAUAGGUUUCAUUGUUAUUAUUAACAUUAUUAUUUUAAGAUCAUUAUCAACAUUAUUAGUAUUAUUAAAUGUGCAGGUUUUUAUUUUUAUUGUUAUAUUUUUAUUAUUUGAAUAACAUUGUAAUUAUUUUUUGUAAUGUGCAGGUUUUUAUUUUUAAUACUUUAUUAUUAUUAUUUAAUUAACAUUAUCUUUUUUUGAUGUGAAGGCUUAUUAAAUUUUUAUUGUUAUUCAUGUUCAUGAUCACUGAUUCUGCACACCCACAUCUGUGUAAAAGUCGAUCUCAGGUGUUAUUUUUCUGACGGAGGUUUUGAGCGGAUCAGUUCGGUCCCUCUGUGGAGGUAAACCGGUCUAAGAGCGCCCUCUGUCUGCUCUCCUCAGGCGGUGCAGUCUGUCAACAUGAGUCACGACACCGCACACGCUCAGAUGGACGUCAAGUUCAGGUCUCUGGUCUGCGUUGGGCUCAAGUAAGUUUUCUCACGGUCUGGUGGUCUUCAUGUCCGUCCCUAAUCUGGUGGAGAUGUUAAACUGUGUCUGUCCUCCUCCUCCGUCAGUGAGCAGGUGCUGCACCUGUGGUUGGAGGUCCUGUGCUCCAGCAUGGCUGCAGUAGAGAAGUGGUACCAUCCCUGGUCCUUCCUCCGCAGUCCCGGGUGGGUCCAGAUCAAGUGUGAGCUCAGGUGAGAACCUCUCAGGUCUGCAGUCUCUGUGAAAACAGCUGAAGUGGUUUCUCUAACGGUUCCUGGUCUUUGUGCUCCUCAGGGUUUUAUCCAAGUUCGCCUUCAGUCUCUCUCAGGACUGUGAGCUCCCCGAUAAGAAAGAGGUGAGUCCGGAUCAUCUCAGGUGGUCCACCAUCAUGAGGUCUGCUUCAGUCCAGUUUCUGCUUCAGCCUCUGUAUUUUAUUUCUAAUGAUGACCUUUGAACUUUGUCCUCCAGGAGAAGGAGCAGCGGCCGCUAAAGGAGGGCGUCCAGGACAUGCUGGUCAAACAUCACCUCUUCAGCUGGGACAUUGACGGAUAAACGCAGAGUCCAGAUCAGCUGAUCGGCUGACUCCUCCCCCUUCCUGUGUGUCUGUUUAUCUGAUGUCUCCUCUCCUGUUUCCUAAAUCUGACCCGCUAAAGUCUGGGACUCCUUUCAGACCUCCUCCUGUCUCGUUAUCUUAGAGCAUCAGGAGGAGGUGACCCCGUGAUCCUUACUGUCAGUCUGCAGGGUCGUGAGUUUUAGUCCUGAGGAGGAGAAGGAGGAGGAGGAGGACACCCUUACCUGGACUGUCAGGUGGUUCUCCUGCUUUAGUAUCAGGAUCAGUGGACUGAGUUAGAUCCUCUAACCUCAGUGUCAUAGAUUCAGCUGAAACAUAGAUGCUGCACACGCUGAGAACAGCUGUUCAAGAGAGGCGGACAGGUGUGAGGUCUACCUGAGCGCAAGUGGACUGUACUGAGAUGAGAAAUGUGCACGAGGAGGCAGAUUAAGCCUUUGUGUUUGAAGUUAAUCUAGAUGUUCCCUUUGGUUUGUUGUUUUUGUACAUAAACAGUAAAUGUGUAUAUAUAUAUAUAUAUAUAAAUAUAAAUAUAUAUAAAUGUUACCUGUGACUAAAUGUAGAUCCUGAAAAUCAGCGAGUGUCCUAAACGGUUUUCAAACUUCAGCUCUGACUAAAAUCUGCACGUGCAUUAAAGAGAGAGAGAGAGAGAGUUUGUUUUACUGUGUGUGAUCGGGUUUGACUUAGACCAGGACUAGGUCUUAAGGUUUGGGCUUUUCGUGAAUCCUGCAGAGUUCAUCAGAAGAAUGAAACUGAACGGUGAUGCAGGAUUAUUGUUUGUCUGUUUCUGCUCCAGAUACAGGAGAGAAAAAAAACAAAACA